AUGGCAGCCUCAGCCUCAUCCAUGAUCUCAACUUCUGCAGCCUUAUCCCCCACCAUCCAAAAGCACCAUCAUCUGAAGCCCUCCAACGUGUGCUUUCAGGGUCUGAGACCCCUCACAAGGUCCACAGCCUCAGCCAGAGUGAGCACCUCCAAAAGGGUCCCUCGAGGUAGUGGUGUUGUGAAGGCUGAACUCAACUCAGCCCUUGUGAUAAGCCUCAGCACUGGCCUCUCCCUCUUCUUGGGGAGGUUUGUGUUCUUCAACUUCCAAAGGGAGAACGUGGCAAAGCAAGUCCCUGAGCAGAACGGGCUCACACACUUCGAGGCUGGUGACACACGUGCCAAGGAGUAUGUCAGCCUCCUCAAAUCCAACGACCCUGUUGGAUUCAACAUAGUUGAUGUCUUGGCUUGGGGUUCCUUAGGUCAUGUUGUUGCUUAUUAUAUCUUGGCCACCACUAGCAAUGGCUAUAACCCUGCAUUCUUUGGUUGA